AGAAUUCAUAUAAAACUGUUGUGUUAUCACGAUGAUUGCUUUUUCAUAGGCCGGGUUUUAUGCCGUUCAACCAGUUCAUCUUGGGAGCACAAGAUCCGCGCAGAUCUGCUAGAAAACUACGACAAAAAAGUUCGCCCGGCUAUCAGAGGAAAAAAGCCUGUUGAAGUUUCCUUUGCGCUGAGAGUUAGCAGGCUUGUCAAAGUGGUAACUAUGAACAUUUCUUGAUUUAACAAAUCGACAACAAUUUUCCGUGGUCUAUUUUUUUUAACGACCAUACCAAAAAUGAUGUUAAAAUGUUCAAAACUCAAGUGGAACCAGGGGCCCCAGGCGAUUCUGUUUCAGUUUCCGUUCCGAUGAUCUGUACUCUUAUCGACUAUAACCGUCGACCAACCGGUACCAGCGCCCGAGAAAUCACUUAGUUGUUGUAAAAAACCGUUUUGCUUCCUUUCUUAAAGGUGGUAGCUUUCUAUUUUGUUUGAGUGAUCGAAUCUAACUUCAUUUAUUUGAAGAAUGUGAAUCAGAAGAAGUCAUGGUGUCGCUCCUUAAGGAUUGGGGCCCCAGUCAUCUGAAUUUGCCAAUUGGGCGCAAGAGCAAGCAAAGCAUUUUGAUAUUUUACUAAUUUUUUUUUUUGUGUGUGUAAUAGGACAAUAAAGAGCAACUUGUAGUACUGGACACGUGGGUUAUACAGGUGAAAAUCGGAUAAUCACAUUUGUCCUAGUUUUCAUUAAAGCAUUCGCAUAAAUAUCCACACCCUACAUUCAGCUUAGUAGCCCGCUAGGUUAAGAUUAUUUAUGAUUUCUAGUAUGUACUUAGUUACUUGACAACACGUUUGUUAGGCUGUUCUUCUUACGAAGCCGGGGAGAAUUUAAGCUUUCCCUUGAAUGUAAAACUUUCUAAGUCCUCUGUAACCACUGCCUUUAACUUUAGUUUAAAUUUGAUGAUUGAACAUAAUUGAGGAAAUUUAGCUUCUUUUAGUUUUUAGUUUUGUGUUGAUAAAUUACCCAGCAUUUUUAAUGCUCAAUAUAGAUCAUUAUAUUUAACCUUAAUUCUUUUGCAAAAUUUACGCUUGUCCCCAAUCUUCUUUUUCUGAAUAACAACUAACCUCUUUUGUACUUAAGAUGGUGCAACUUGGUGACCUCAUCAAGAUUCGAAAUGAAGACUCUUCUUUUCGUUUUUUUAAAUAAAAAAAUGAGAGUUAGGCCUCUUUUUGAAGACUUUUCUAAACUUAUUCCUUGUUUGCUUGCAGCACUGGCGAAACCCAUUUUUAACUUGGAAUUCCAGCGAUUAUGGUGGUCUAGACCGUAUUUUUUUCUCUCCUGGUGAAAUUUGGGUUCCAGACAUUGCUCUUUAUAACAAGUAAGGAAUCUUGAAACCUCCUCAGAAAAAUUAAAUCUUAGAAUUCGUUUGAUUUAGCACUUAAACCCUUUUCAUUUCUUUGAAGGAUCAGAAAGACUUAAUUAAAAGUAGUUAAGUCUUCAUUUAUUUAUGUGAUAAUCUCUUAUAACAAGAGAGAAUAACAAUAAUUCUGAUUCUCAGCUCUUACCAACCUCGUUCCCAGGGUUCUCUCCUACCCGUCGGUAGGGGAGAGGGAACUCUGGGAACGAGUUUGCUCUCUUGCUUGAUAACUAAUUCGUAGUCUGUCGAAAAGUUCAGUGAAUCACUGAAAUAUGCUUCAAAAUUAGAUGUGAAAAAUUGACGACAAUAUUGAAACAGUUGUACUACAUAUCGAACCAAAUCUUACUGGAAUCGAAAAUACCGAUGAGUUAUUGUUUUUCAAAAACUAUCUUUCAAAAGACCUUGAACACUUUAGGUUGCAAUUUUAUGAAACUAAAGCUUGUAGAGUUAACUCUCGCUUUACGGACACAAUAAUCCGGACAACAGCAAGAGAGGAUAUCCUCUCUAGAGAGCAGUUAAACCCCACGUAAAAAUAAAUUACAAAUGUUUGACUGAAGAUAAACUUCCACUAUAGACCUUUUCACGGUUUUUUCAAUUUUGACAUGGACAAGUUCGGGAAAAUACGUCAACACCACUGAAAAGAGCGACUUAAGAUGAGUAAAAUUGCCAAGUUUGAAAGUGAUUUGUUAAAAAUGGUGGGGCACAAACUUACCCCACCAUACGUCCUAGUCCCUAGGCGUUCUCGGCUCGGUCAAUCCUGGACUCUACCGUGAGGUGUGACGUCACCGAGCAACGGGGCAAAAGAGAACGCCUAGGGACUAGAUUGCCCACCAUACAUACGUCUGUAAAUUUUUACAAAUUUGUGCAGCCAUAUUGUCGCUCGCUUAAGAGUAAUCACUUUUAAAUUUUUCGUAUCCACUAAUAUUAAGGCGCUCCUUCCUGUGUUGUCGACGGAUUUUCCAUAACAUUAUAAAAUUGUAAAAAACCGUGAAAAUGUCUAUUACGGGCUCUCGCUAUUGAGGAUACUAACGCAAGGUCCCUGCGGUGUCCGCGACAAAGAGAGUUGACUAUACUCAGAUUAGUAACUCAGAUUCACUGCAUUGUUUCUUCCUCUACAGCGGUGAUGACAAUAUCAAUCUAGCUGGAGGUCCAAGCAAGUUUGUCACAGAUGUUGUAGUUGAUGACAGAGGAAUGUGCCGUUGGGGAGGACCAGCUACGUUCAAGGUCAACUGCAAAAUGAAGAUCGACCAAUGGCCAUUUGACGAGCAGCAAUGCAAGCUCGGAUUUGGCUCCUACACUUUCGGGAAAAAUCUAUUAAAACUCAAACUAUUCAAGGACAAAAGUAAACUUACAAGUAAGCUACAGGCAGGGUGUAUUGACUGCACUUUUCGCUGAAACGUUGUCUUAUCAUCUUUAAUUAGUGUUACGAACCGUUGCUGCUUUCAAGGUGUUAGUCCAACCCCGUCCUUAGGGCUAGGGGCGUCCCAGUUCCCAUUUUGUAAUUUUAGUAUCCGUUGGGGUUUCAGCACAGCAGUCACUGAGCUCCACUGGCAUAUUAUACUUGAAGACGUUAACUAUAACUGAGAAGCGCAAAAUUUUGUAGGUAUAUGUUUGCUCGGACUACUCAAGUAGAUUAACGAUCAUUAAAGCUUGGAUCUAAUUCCCUUUUUAAUGUGAUUCUCAAGCACAUUUCUAAAAUUCAAAGUUUAAGUCAUCUAAGAGAAAUAGGGAAUGGUAAAGUAAACUAAACUGGGAAAACUAGGAAAAAACAUCGAAUUACCGAUUGAUCGAUCCCGCCCUCUAUUGUGCAUGUUUGAAAAUUGCAGCGGAGUGGCUUCUCGCCCCUUCCCAGACACGCGCCCCAACCUACUUAUGGUCCCAAUCUUCUUUUACCUCAAAAACACAUAAAUAGCGCCUGGGUACGAAUCUGCUUCAACCUUUCUUUGCAGAUCGUUUUGUGGAAAGCGGAAACUGGCGCAUAGAAGAGAUCACGUCCAGACUCUCCGAAACAGACCAUGGAAACUGUUGCAGGUUUAACUUCAGCGAGGUUGAAUAUACUAUAAAAAUGAAGCGCAAAUCGCUCUACUACACGUUUUACGUAACCAUCCCGUGCGUCAUUCUCACGAUUCUUGCCUUUAGUAGCUUCCUGAUUCAUGUUGAAAGCGGGGAACGCAUUGGAUUCGUCACCACUGUUCUUCUCGCCAUGACAGUUUUCUUACUUAUCAUUCCUUCAUGGUUGCCUGUCACUUCAGACGGUCUUCCCAUUCUUGGAGUACUACUUGAAGCCACCAUGAUUGUAAUAACUCUGGUGUUAUUCGCCAAUAUCUGGGUGCUGAGAGUGUACUUCAAAGAGGGAAAGCCUCCAGACUGGGUUGAACGCAUCUGUUAUCUUUGCAUCAGAGGAAGACGUCAAAAUAUUCAGCAGAUUCACGCGCAAGAUGCUGAGGGUCCUUUGUCAAAGGCUGAGAAACCCGUUGCUUCUAUGGUAACCAUUGAGAUGACUGGGUCCAAUAUCGACACCACUUCAGCAACUGAACAUUGUCACAAGAAAGGAGACAACCAUCUCACCUGGCAAAGAGUGUCUACAAUAAUGGAUCGUGCGUUUUUCGUAAUAUUUGUUCUGAUUUCUUUGACAUCUUACGCCGUUUAUACAGCAGAUGCUCUUUAA